AUGCUAAGUGAGGGCCCCAACGAAUAUACGCUGCCGGGAGUGUUGCAUUAUCUACAAGCAGAGUGGCGCCGUUUCGAGCGUGAAAGGAAUGAAUGGGCUAUAGAGCGAUCCGAGCUAAAGGCCCAUAUUGCAUUGCUUGAAGGAGAACGACGUGGGAUGGAAAAUGUCAAGAUCGAUCUUAUGAAAAGGGUCAAGAUGCUCGAAUUUGCACUGCGACAAGAGAGGAAACGACAUUUAUCGUCUACUCAAGAUCAACCUUCUGAUGUUGGUAAUACGGAUUCUCCAAACACUGUAUCAGCGUCAUCACCAGCAAUGCACAAAGAAGUUAUUCCAAAGACGCAAGCCAUAUCAAGUAACAAUGAGUACCUUGGCAACAGCAAAGCACGAGAACGAAAUCGUCAAGUAUUGAAAUCAUGUCUUGAUGAAAUCAACCACCUCACAUCCAUGCCAACCAAAUUCCCCCUUAUGCAUACCCUCGAUCCCAGCGUUGCCAUGUAUACGCGUCGUGAUAUAAGAUCAUCAUCGUCAUCAUCAUCCAAUCAGCCAACAUCCGCUUCAUCCAAAAGCAGUUCAUCCUCUUCACCUGAACUCGCAACAACACCAGCUCGUCCACCAUCCGCAAAGAGCACUCCAAAAGAUUCAAAAUCAUCAAAUCAAUCCGUUUCGAGAGGUGGUACUGUACGUGGAUCAUCAUCAUAUUCAUCAUCCCAGCAACAACGACAAAGCCCAUUCUCUAUCAUGAUCGGCAAAAAUCCUGUACAGCUCUCUACUGACAAUGACUCUACAUCCUCGCCUGUUGCAUCAGCUCCUGCUAUGGUCGAACAAGAAGAUAACAACAACGAUUCUGUACCUGCCAAUGUGGAUGAGGUGGCAAUGCUAAACAACAAUGCAGACAACUCACCAAGAGCAGCCGAUGCCACGAUAUCUGAUGAAGAUGCAAACAGCGAAGAAAUGGAUAAUGAUACGGAUGACACCUCACUUGAUGAAAAUGUGCUGCUGUCAAAGGAAGUCAAGGAACGAUACAAUCUCUCGGACGAAAAGGUGCAAAAGAUGCUCAAAAGUGCUCGUAAGGAAACACGACGUAGCGAUCGAUCGUCAUCACCCGAGCCACAGGAUGAUUCUGGAUACUCAUUGAAAGGUUCAUUGGAUGCCUCACAGAUUGGCGAUCUUGAUACCGAGACAACACAACAACAGCAGCCAAAAAUGUGGAAACCCAGGGUGACAAUCAAGGGACAUCUCGAUUCAGUGCGCUCUGUAAGCUUUCAUCAUUCGGGAAUGCUUGUGGCAUCGGCAUCGGAUGACGGCACAGUGAAAAUAUGGAAUCUCAAGCGCUCUAUUGGAAGCGAUGGUCAUUCAUCACGAAAGGCUGCGCAUGAGGAAGCUGAUCCAACCAUUACAUACCGAGGACAUAGCAAUGUUGUCACCAGCGUUGCCAUUUCAGCGGAACAAAAUCGAGUCUAUUCCGCAAGCUUGGAUACCACGAUUCGAGUAUGGCGACUACCACCUGAUGGACAUGGAUUGUUUUCACCAGUGGACCCGUCCUUGAACAUAACGUCAUACGUUGGCCACACGGAUGCUAUUUGGGACUUUAAGCUAUUCCCUAUAGCGAGGAACAAUACAUGUCUCCUUGCAUCUGCUUCUGCUGACGGCACCGUAAAGCUGUGGGAUACCCAAACCUCUGGUCAAUUACUCAAGAGCACCUUGACAUAUAAUGGUGUCAAUACUGAAGGUCAACGAGAUUCGAGUUUACCAGCACCAACAUCUCUCGACUUUUGUCAUACCGAUUUGAACAAAAUGAUCGUAUCGUAUACCAAUGCUGACAUCCGUGUAUUUGAUGUUGAAACUGGCCAGGUGACUGAAACACUCCAAGGAAGCAAUGAGAAUUAUGAUGGCACAUUGGGCACGCAAAUCAACAAGGUUGUUACACACCCUACCAUGCCAUUGGUUGUAUCGGGCCAUGAAGACCACCAAAUUAAAUUUUUCGAUCUAAAGAGUGGUAAAUGCCAAUUCUCAAUGUCUGGGCACCUCGAUGCAGUAUCGACACUCGAUAUUGAGCCAAGCGGUACAACGCUAGUAUCAGGAGGACAUGAUUCAUCUAUACGCUUAUGGGAUAUUGCAAUGAAUAAGAACUGCAUCCAAGAAUUCUCGGCGCAUCGGCGGAAAGGACAUGAAGGAGUGCUGAGCGUACAAUACCACAAGUCAUUCCCUUGGAUGGUGAGCGGUGGUGCUGAUGGUAUCGUCAAAAUCUAUCAUCAUGGUCAUCACUAG